AUGUUUUGUUUUAUUGAAAUUCAUUUUCAUUCAUAUUUUUGAAAAAUUUGAGAAACAACAACAACAACAACAAUGUUUCGACCGAUUUUUAGAGUAAAUUUUCUUAUUCGAAAAAAUUUUACCAUACGAAAUUCUUCCCUGAUAUUAAGCAAUAGAUGGAUAGGUACAUCAUCAGCUAUCAAAUGGAAUAAAAGCAAUAAUGAACAACAGUCCAAAUCAUAUCAGCAUCAUGCAACAUUUGCAACACUAUUUCGUGAUUCUCCUUACUGUCAACUUGGAUUACCCGAAGAAAAAAUUGUCAUCGGUGAAAUCGUUCAAAUUGUUGAUGAUGAUAUCUACAUUGAUUUUGGCUUUAAAUUUUUGGCCGUUUGUCGUCGUCCUAAACAGAAUUCUGUAUUGUAUGCCCGUGGAGCUAAAGUCAAAGUUCGCAUCAAUGAUUUAGAAUUGAGUGAUCGUUUUCUUGGAUCAACACAGGACAUGACAUUGUUGGAAGCUGAUGUCACAUUGUUGGGUUUACAUUCGAGUCCAAUCAAAAUUGCUACCCCCUCUUUGAGAUCCGGUACCACCUAAUAUG